AUGGCUUAUGUGGUGCCCAUUCACCGAGCGAGUGGCAUCCGCCAUGCGGUGAAGUUGAAUUUCAUCAAUGCCGAGGAAGACUGCUUGGUAGUUGCUAAGGCCAAUCGUCUUGAGAUCUAUACGUUGACUCCCGAUGGACUCGUCUUGUCCCAGACACGCGCACUAUACGCGCAGGUCACAAUGCUUGCACGACUUCCGGCACCCGCUAACUCGCCGACCGAUCAUCUAUUCGUUGGAACCGACCAGUACAAUUACUUCACCUUGGCCUGGGAUCCGACCAAGAAGAAAGUGCGCACAGCCCGUAGCUAUGUCAAUAUUGCAGAGCCCUCGGCCCGCGAGUCUGAGACCGAUCCACGAUGUUUGGUGGACCCCAGUGGCCGCUUCAUGACACUAGAGAUCUAUGAGGGCGUCAUCGUCGUGAUCCCCAUCGUCGAGCCCACAAAACGGAAAGGGAGACCGUCACAAGCGGCGCAGCAAGCUGAUCCACCGCAAGUCGGUGAGCUCGGUGAGCCGACGGCGUCCCGAAUAGACGAGUUGUUCGUGCGUUCCUCAGCGUUCCUACAUUCUGGAUCCAACCAGCCAUGGCUUGCACUCCUGUACGAAGACAACCAAAAGAAGGUCCGACUGCGGAUUCGGGAGCUGGAGUACAGUCGGGCGACUUCAAGUGGACCGGCUGAUGCGACAUUCAAGGAAGUCCAGGAGAAAAAGCUGGACGGCGGUGUAUUUGCGCAUGAGCUAGAUAUGGGCUCAUCGCAUCUGAUCCCCAUUCCAGCGCCACUAGGCGGUCUUAUUGUUCUCGGAGAGACCUCAAUCAAAUACAUUGAUGACAACGCUAACGACAUGAUCUCCCGCGAUCUCGAGGAGGCAACUGUCUUCGUGGCCUGGGAAAAGGUCGACAGCCAGCGGUGGCUACUUGCCGAUGACUACGGGAGGCUCUUCUUCCUCAUGUUUGUUCUGAAUGAUGAAGGUAAUGUUGAAGACUGGAAGCUGGAUUUUUUGGGAAGCACAUCACGUGCAACGAAGCUUGUCUACCUGGGCGGAGGGAUCCUGUUUGUGGGCUCCCAGCAAGGUGAUUCACAAGUACUUCGCAUCGGCGACGGCUCGUUCGAAGUUAUUCAGACUCUGUCAAACAUUGCUCCGAUCCUAGACUUUACAUUGAUGGACCUUGGCAACCGUACCGAUGACGUUCAGACACACGAGUUCUCUACGGGACAAGCUCGCAUUGUCACAGGCUCCGGCGCAUUCGACGACGGGUCCCUCAGAAGCGUACGCAGUGGUGUUGGCAUGGAAGAAUUGGGAGUGCUCGGUGAAAUGGAUCACAUCACCGAUCUAUGGGCUUUAAAGGCCCACGGCUCCGGAGACUUCCUCGAUACAUUACUUGUAACCUUUGUUGAUGAGACGCGCAUCUUCCGGUUCAGCAGCGAGGGUGAAGUCGAAGAACUGGAAGACUUUCUCGGACUAUCCUUAACAGAGAACACGCUGCUAGCGGCGAAUCUUCCAGGCAGUCGAAUCUUACAAGUGACUGAGAAACGAGUCGUCAUUGCUGAUAUUGAGAGCGGCAUGACCACCUUUGAAUGGUCGUCCCCGUCGCAAAAAGCAAUCACAGCCGCUUCGGCGAACGAUGAGUAUCUGGUACUGGUGGUCGGUGGUCAGGUACUGGCAACCUUCGCUUUGCAAGGCGACACUCAUCUCAUCAUGGAGAAAGACAUGGGUGCGGAUCAACAGAUCUCGGGGGUGACAGUCCCUUCCAGACCUGCCAGUGUUUGCAUCGCAGGCUUCCCGCAAUCCGCCAAGGUCGCCAUUUUCAAUAUCAAAGAUCUCUCCGAACAUGGUAGUCAGUCGCUGGGUCAAACUGGCGACGCAUUCCCCCGGUCCGUUCUAGUUGCAGAUGUCCUUGCUGAUUCGCCUCCUACACUAUUUGUAUCCAUGGCCGACGGGAGCGUGAUCACGUUCACCUUGAAUCCCGAAACGUAUGCACUGAGUGACAAGACAAAGUUGAUACUCGGAUCGGAGCAGCCAACAUUCAAGAAGCUUCCGCGAGGAGACGGUCUGUGGAAUGUCUUCGCUACCUGUGAGAAUCCCAGUUUGAUUUACGGCUCCGAGGGACGCAUCAUCUACUCUGCCGUCAACUCAGAAGGGGCAUCGCGAAUCUGCCAUCUCAACGCCGAGGCCUUCCCCGGGUCUAUUGCGGUGGCUACAGCGCGGGAACUCAAGAUUGCCAUGGUCGACAAGGAGCGAACUACUCAAAUACAAACUCUACCAAUGGGUUCGACUGUCCGCCGCGUUGCCUACUCACCAUCCGAGAAGGCAUUUGGACUUGGCACCAUUGACCGCAAACUGGAAGAUGGUCUGGAAAUCGUGAAGAGUCACUUUGUUCUCGCGGACGAAAUUCUCUUCCGUCGUCUGGACGCUGUUGAGCUUCAAGCUGACGAGCUUGUUGAGAGUGUGAUUCGCGCCGAACUACCGGCCGGUAAAGACGAGUCUGGAAAAGCGCAGAAGAAGGAUCGUUGGAUCGUUGGCACAGCAUAUUUGAGUGAAGAGCGAGAGGACUCGAUCCGCGGGCGGAUUCUAGUCUUCGAGGUUGAUCAUGGUCGAAAACUGACUCAGGUGGCCGAAUUGGGGGUUCGCGGAGCGUGUCGUGCGCUGGCGAUGAUGGGCGACCGUAUCGUUGCAGCAUUGGUCAAGACCGUGGUUGUCUACAAUGUACUCAAUGACAACUUUAGCAAGAUGAAACUUGAAAAAGUGGCGAGUUAUCGCACAUCGACUGCGCCCGUGGACCUCACCGUUGUCGGUGACCUGAUCGUGGUGGCGGAUCUGAUGAAGAGCGUCUGUGUUGUUCAAUUCGUCGAGGGACAAGAAGGGGUCAAUGAUAAGUUGGAGGAAGUUGCACGCCACUACCAGACCGUCUGGAGCACGGCGGUUGCAUCCAUCGACAAUGACAUGCUUCUUGUUAGUGAGGCAGAAGGGAAUUUGAUCGUGCUCUCUCGAAAUCGGGGCGGCGUCACUGAUCAAGACAAACGUCGUUUGGUACCCACGAGUGAAAUCCGCCUAGGUGAAAUGGUGAAUCGCAUUCGACCGAUAACCAUUCAACAGCUCGCUAGCCUCACGGUGACGCCUCGAGCUUUCCUCGCUACGGUCGAAGGCUCCAUCUAUCUCUUCGCUCUCAUCAAUCCAGAGCACAACGACUUCUUCAUCACGCUGCAGAACGUCAUCGCUAACAAAGUCGAUUCCCUUGGAGGGCUACCGUUCGACAAGUUCCGUGCUUUCCGGACGUUGUCUCGUUUCGCAGAUUCACCGUACCGCUUCGUGGAUGGUGAGCUGAUUGAGCGAUUCCUGGACUGUGACCCUGCGCUACAGGAAGAGAUUGUUAAUGAAGUGGGCUCUGGGAAUGUGACUGAUGUCAGGGAGAUGAUUGAGGCUUUGAGACGCUUGCACUGA